UGGGAGUAGGCUCCUACGCCAUUCUCCUCGAUAAAAGAGGUAAAAGAAAAACAGGGACAACGUGUACGUUGUCCCCACGAUCAAAAAAUAUGCGCAGUUACAAGAACCACAUCCAACCGCCACGGAAGCGAACAAAAGACUUUACAAGGUAAUAUCAGUAGAGAGAAACCAGGGGCUGCAUUACGUACUUGCAUAUCGACAGUUGUCGGUGUCGUUAGCGGCAUUGCGCAGGUUUUUCAUAUAACAACCUAACAAAAAAGACUGACAGCCCUGGGUAAAUUUUCGUAUCAGUUAUAGGGGUCCGAAGGGGCUCGGAGGUAAUUGAAGAGCAAUGAUAAUACUGAUCGCUUUAGUUACGCUCAUGAUAAUACAGCUAACAACUAUUGCCGGUGCAAGGUGAGAGGAAAGACAACACGCCGCUAUUCAUGUUUUAUCUCGCGGCUCCCCACGUCUCUCGACGCAUGCCACUAGCAGUUGCUGAAUCGACUAGGCCACUCUGUGACCCGAAUGGCUGAUAAUUUCACGGCGCUCAUUAUUCCAUAUCUGUUAUCAUUUAUGCUAAUUUCGAGCUACAGCUUCAUAUUCCAGCCACGACACCCAAGAGGGUGUAAGCGCUCAGCGAGAGAUUUCUCCGGUACUUUAAUAGACCAAUGAUCUUUGUCAGUGUAUCGUUGGUAUCUGAACUGUCAAACGGACAGCGUUCUGUUUGACAGCGCAUGGUCCAUUGUGUGUCAAAGAUGGCGACCAAGAGUGACAGGAAACGCAAAGCGAGUGAGAAACCGGCACACGAGUACUCCGCUUUAUAUAAUUUGGGUGUAACUCUUCUGGGUUUGAGUUUCGGUUACCUACACAGUUUACAUGUGUCUACGCUGUUUGAGAAUGAUCGACACUUCUCUCAUCUUUCGGAAAUUGAGCGUGAAAUGUCAUUCAGGACCGAGAUGGGAAUGUACUAUUCCUAUUACAAGACUAUCGCUGAGUCAAAAGACUUCUUUGAGGGAAUGGACAAGCUCAUUCAUGACAAUUUGUCCGAGUAUGGGAACGUCAUUGAUGCCAGCAGAAAGUACAAUCUUUUACCUGAAAUCGUGAUAGGCUUCCUGUAUCAUGCUGCAAAAAAUCUUGGCAUUGUAUCUGAAGAGCAGUGCUGGGUGGUGGAGAGAGGAGACGGGCUGCCAAAUGUAACUAGCUGCGAGGGUCUUGGCGUGCCCGUGUACUUCUACCUAGAGAUAGUCUGGUUCACUGCAAUGUUCACUGCGACGAUGCUAUUUUAUUACGCGACUUACUUGAGCGACUCCGUCUACGGUGGACUCCUAGCGAUCUUGCUCUUCUUCUUCAACCACAACGAAUGCACUCGCGUGCAGUGGACGCCUCCGUUGCGAGAGACCUUCGCGUAUCCCAUGUUGCUCUUCGAGAUGUACAGUGUUACCUUGGCCAUUAAAAAAUACGCCAAACACGACUCGGACAAAGAGCCGUCCUGGUUGAAGGGCAGGACCAGGCAGGGAUUAUUCGUGGAUAUAUUCGGUUCGACGAUUUGCAGUCUGUGCACCUGGCAAUUCUCGCACUUCGUGUUCGCUACGCAGAUCACAGUGCUGCUGAUACUCAAGUGGCUGCGGAUCGUCCCGUACGACUUCUACAAGAACUUUUGCAUGACCCACGCAUUGGCUAUCGCGGCGGCGACCAACAUUACGAACGGCACUCUUAUCGUGUCCUCGCUCUACAUGUGCCUGCUGAUCAGCAGCAACGCGGCCAGCCUGAUCGUGAAGUUGUCCCGCUUCCAGAACAUCAAGUACGAGAUCAUUCUCGAGAUCGUGAUGACGGUGAUCUUCACCAAGUGGAUCAAGUCUUACGUCCUGUAUUCCCAGGACGACGCCCAUGUGUUCAACAUACUGAAGUCGAAGUUGACGGACUACAGGGACUUCCACACGAUGCUCUAUACUUGCUCGGCGGAAUUCGACUUUCUGCAAUACAAGACGUACGAGACGAUCGUUAAAACUUUACUGUUACCAACAGCGAUACUCACCGGCAUGCUCGCGCUCUACUAUUGGUACAGAAGUUUCAAGAUCGGCGAUUAUCCGCGCUGCAUAGAGGCCGAUGUGGCGUAUAACGGCUUGCAAACCGGUGCAUUUAUCAUCAUGGCGGUUUUCAUUAUGAGACUGAAGCUCUUCAUGACGCCGCAUCUCUGCAUAAUCGCCGGCGCGGUCUGCAGCAAACGGUACCUCGAAAAAGUCGGUUUGAAGAGCGAGCUCGCGCGAGCCGCCGUCAUUUUUCUUCUGGUGAGCGGCAUGUCGUAUCACGGUGUCGACAGAAUUCAACAGGAGCACGGUUUUAUAGGCGAGUACAGCAACAUUGAGCAAGAGGAAUUAUUCGAGUGGAUAAAGAGUAAUACGCCAAAACACGCUGUGUUCGCGGGCAAGAUGUCCCUGAUGGCGAAUCUAAUGCUGUCCACCAGAAGACCGAUCGUCAAUAACCCUUACUACGAGAGCAAAGAGAUGAGAGAUAGAACCAUGAGGGUGUACGAGAUCUUCAGUCGGAAAGAUGUCGCCUCCGUGUAUACCUCCUUGAGAGGCCUGAAAGUCGGCUACGUGGUGCUGGAGGAGCCGCUGUGCUUUGGAUUCGCGAACUUACCACGUGGAUGCCAAAUGAUCGAUUUAUGGGACGUGACGGAUAAUGGAACGUCGAGAGCCGCAAACAAGCCGCCAUUGUGUCCUCUUCUGUUCCAAGGGAACGCGUACCCGUUCAAGAGAGCGUUUGUUAACAGCAACUACGUUGUGCUGCAGCUAGACUACUCGCACUAUGUGGAGUUCAAGCCAAAGACUUCCAUGCCACUGCGUUAUCAGUUCUAGGUGGAGACAUCGUCCUCGAACAAUACGGGAUAUACCUCGUGAGACUGUAAAAAGAUUACUUAUUUUUCUUAAAACAGAAGAGAAUUAUGUAUAUGAAGAGAGGUCUAUAUCUAUCUAUAUAUAUAUAUAUAUAUAUAUAGAUAUAUAUAUAUAUAUAUAUGUAUACAUAUAUAUUUUUAAUACAGACUCGCGCGCGAGCGAGUUCAAUGUUGACGCCGCGCGCGAUCUUUGCGAAAUCUAUCCGUAGAUUUGUACAUAUUAUAAUCUGUGAAGGGGCAUUCGGGUAUUUUAAGGACGCACACAAUGUUCCUAGCAUUUAUACAAUAGCCUACGUUAUUGUUUAACUCUUAAAGGCAACCAUGGAUGAAUUUCACCCCAUACGAAUUUUUGAACUUAUUAGAAAAUAAUUACACUGAUAAUAUUAAUUUUAUAAGUAUUCGACGUGUUCAUACUAUCAGUAGUGACAACUUUAUGACAAAACGGAUCAAUUUUCGCGUAUACUUUGUAAACAAUAACAAGAAAAGUUAAUUUGGAGUAAUAUUUGAUGGUAGCUUUUAAGGGUUAAAAUUCGUCAGGAGAAUCUUUCUCCGGUCUCUGGAAUUUCUACGGGACCGAUCUUGAUUUCAAUACUAACAAAAUACCGUUCGAAUGCAGCUUGUAUUGCGCAGCAGCUAUCGACGAGACAUGAACGUUCCGUAUUUAAAAAAAAGCACGUACAGCUACAUGAUUUGCUGCAUGCCACGACAAUGGAGACGACAUGCCAUUUUUAGUCGACCAUCGACAAAGAAUGCACUGGAUAACGUAAUGCCUCGUUUCACAACGUGAUGUACACACUUGUGAUAAUUUUCCUAUACUUAUAGACGCGCGCGCGCGAUGUGCGCCCGGUCGUUGACGACGCGAGCGACUCUCGAAGAUACGGACAAUUGUUGCAAACGCCCGAUCGUCAUGUUCAUGCGUUCGACUGUGAAGGAGAAAGAAAGGAAGAAAGAAAAGGAAGAGAGAGAGAGAGAGAGAGAGAGAAAAAGGGACGAAGAAGCGCAAAGCAUCUGUGCCAACGGUCAAUAUACCCCGCGCUACUUAUAUUUAUAUAUACAAAUCUAUUCCCUCGCAUUUCAAUAAAUUUCACAUUUCAUCGGUUAACGGCACUCCCGCAGCGCACGCAUACCGGACAAUAAAUCCCCGUUGUCUCGCGCCGAAGUUGCGCUCGUUAGAUCGCACCCGUCUACUUAAUCGUACAUGACCGUGUAAGUGUUACUGAUUUUUCUUCUUUUUUAAUAAAAAAAAUCGCCGACAUGUGUAUCAAAGUA